CAACGUCGCGUCAGACGACGUAAAGACCUGAAGCUCAAGAUCUGCCCUCCGACCUGCCAAUGUUCCCUCUUGCUCUGCUACGUCUCACUUUCGCAACCUUCGAAGUCCACUACAGCUCACACCUCGUUCACUUUUGUUUUGCUUGGCGGGUCGGUUCAACCAAUCAGAGCGCAGAGAUUCACCAUACCAGCACGUGGAACACCUUAGUACUCAGCAAAAUCAGUUAAGGCAGGAGCGCACCUCUAAUACCUCUCAGAAGUAGCAUCGACACCGUCGAUCUCUCGAGCACCUCACCAGAAACCGGGAUAUAGACUACUCUUGACCUUUGCUACCCUACCAAUCAACAUUCUUCGACCAACCCAGUACAGCAACACUUAACAACUCGCCCGACUACACUCACGGAAUAAAAGGACUACAACUACACUAUAUCCCUCGUCGCCUAGGCGACUGCCAAUUGGCACCACCGCAGUCAUGGCUGCAACGACGAUUCAGUUCGACGACGAUCAGAUUCGUAGAGCUCGCUCAAGAGAGGCAGCGACUUCUUCUGGUGUCAGUUUGAAUGAUGGCAUCGUCUUUUCGCGAACAAUAUCACAAGGCCGCCGGUCAAGGUCGCGUCGACGCUCACUGCCAACCAUCUCCCUAUCUAAGACUCUGGACGCGGAAGAUCCGGAGCAGUCUGGCCUGCAUCGGCCCGGUGAUUUCAAGAAGCGGCAAGUCUUCAAGGGCGCGCAGCUCUUCUUCCUGGCAUACCAAUCCAUUGGCGUCAUCUAUGGAGACAUCGGUACCAGCCCCCUCUAUGUCUUCUCAUCAGUAUUCGGCAGCACAGAACCAGCUCGCGACGAUCUCAUCGGUGUUCUGUCUCUGGUCAUCUGGUCGCUGUUGAUGAUGGUGACACUCAAAUAUGUCAUCAUCAUUCUGCACGCUGACAACGACGGUGAAGGAGGCACCUUUUCGUGUUACUCACUCCUCUCGCGCUACGCCAAUAUCACCCACAAAGACCCUCGCGAUGCUAAUCUCCAACUACCGAGGCGUAUGGGUACCGACGAGAUUCCCAGUGCCAACCUGCAGGUGCGGAAUUUUCUCGAGAGGAGUAAAAUUCUGCGAGGGUUGUUGAAAGUGAUCGGCGUCCUCGCGGUCACUAUGGUCAUGUCAGAUGGCGUUCUGACGCCUGCUCAAUCUGUGCUGGGAGCUGUCCAAGGUCUUAAUGUGGUCGUGCCCAACAUCACCAACGCGACGGUCGUUGGGACGACUUGUGGUAUCCUGGUUUUACUGUUUGUCAUCCAGCCAUUUGGUGUUACCAAAAUCGGUAGCGUCUUCGCACCGAUCAUUAUCCUGUGGCUCGCAUGUCUGGCUUCAUUCGGCAUCUACAAUCUUGUGCAUCACGACUGGCGAGUGCUGAAGGCAUUCAACCCUGGAGAGGGAUUUUUGUAUCUCAUUCGCCACAAGACCGACGGAUGGCGCUCUCUGGGCGGCGUGCUACUCGCUUUUACCGGUGUCGAAGCUCUGUUCGCUGAUCUGGGUGCUUUCUCCAUGAGAGCGAUUCAAAUAAGCUGGCUCGGCUUGUGUUUACCAUGCCUGCUUCUCACCUACGUUGGUCAAGCGGCAUACAUCGCGGAUGUGCCGUCUGCGUAUGCUUACCCAGUCUUCAGCACCGCACCACCAAACUGUGAGAUCUUCAUCCUGGUGAUCGCCAUUCUUGCGGCUAUCGUGGCAUCGCAGGCCAUCAUCACGGCUACCUUUCAGCUACUGUCCCAGAUUGUCAAGCUGUCGUAUUUUCCACAGAUACAAAUCACUCACACAUCGAAGACAUACCACAACCAGCUUUACGUCCCACUGGCCAACUAUCUGCUCUGCAUCGGCACAGUGAUCAUCACAGCUGUCUACAGGAACACGACAUCGCUGGGAAACGCGUACGGGGUCUGCGUCAUGUUCGUCACGUUCUUCGACACGUGCAUGGUCACCCUCGUUGCUCUCAUUGUGUGGCGAAUCAACCCAUUCUUCGUUGUCCUACCAUUCCUGACGAUCAUUUGCAUGGACGGUGCCUUUCUAUCCUCGUCUCUCACAAAGGUUCCGGACGGCGCUUGGUUCACUAUCACUCUGGCUGCCGUUCUGGCUGCGAUUCUGAUCCUUUGGCGCUUCGGUAAAGAGCAGCAGUGGACUGCUGAAGCCGAAGACCGGAAGCCAAUGCCUUCAUUCGUGAGGAUUGACGAAGAGGGUGUGCCUCGUCUGGUUGGGCAGAAUGGUGAGAAAGGCGGCGAGCCGGUCUCCAUCAACCGUGGAUUCGGCAUUUUCUUCGACAAGGGCGGCAUUAACACACCCAUGGCUUUCAGCCAAUUUAUCCACAAGCUUGUCAGCGCUCCGGAAGUUGUUGUCUUUUUUCAUCUGCGUCCACUGGAGUAUCCCACGGUGGCGGCUGAGGACCGUUUCGUUGUGUCACAACUGAAGUUUCCUAAUGCAUAUCGAGUCGUCUGUCGCCACGGCUUCAUGGACGAGGUCGUUACCUCAGAUCUCGCGUCUAUCAUAUACGGGCAAAUCAGACAGUACGUUCUUGACAAGAACAGGCCCCCUAUAGCGCCUCUACCAGGAGCUAGAGCACCUUCUCUGGAGCGUGAUGCUGAUUUAAAAGCUGACGGCGAUGCUGAUGGCGAUGCCGAUAUGGGCAACCUUGACGUGGAGAAAGCAUCGCAGAAAGCUGCUUCUUCGGCGACAAUGGAAGAUGCCGGCACAAUCACGCUUGCUCAGCUCCAAGCCGCGUACGAGCAUAGAGUGCUCUACAUUAUCGGAAAGGAGGAGAUGCACGUGAGGAAAGGAUCUCCGAUUUGGCGGUUACUCUUGCUGAAGACGUUUCUGUUCCUACGCGAUAACACACGGACGAAGAUGGCCAAUCUCAAGGUGCCAACGGAUCGCCUUGUCGAAAUUGGCUUCCUGAAGGAUGUCUAGAUGUUACAUGACCUUGGCCCUGCAGACAAGCCUGGUGUGAAACCAAGCCCACGAUCGACGAUUCCUUUGUUGGAAGAGUGCGCAUGGCUCAGGGAAGAGUUAAGCGAAAAGCGUUGAGCGAUGGCGUUAUUUCUGGAAACGAUGCCGACCACGGAAGUCGAUGCACGUAUUUAGUUACGGCCACGGCAAGCUUACCAAAGCAUAACAAGGAGGCUUAGCUGAGAUAGAGACCGAACACUGAUGUCAGAACUUGAGCGUGACGCCAGUCUUCUUGACAUCCUUGGGGCGUACUGUCUGCAAGUGAUGUCAUGUAUACCCUCAGAUGCCUUUGUGAAGGUAGAAGAAGUCUGGCCUUCGUACAGAGAUACCUAGCGUACUUUUCCUGCUGAUACCGUGUCGAAAAACUUCGUUCCCAUGUGGAUGGGCG